AUCCUUCCUCACGCCUUCUUUACUGAUUGUAUUAAUACAAAAUUUGAAGGCUAAGGCACUGAAGAUACACAAUUUGAUCCUUGGUUUUGAAAGUUGAUCGCACUGAGGGAUUAUAGUAUACACAUUGUAAUGAAUCAAGAAAGUGUAGAGAUUCGCAGUGAUAAUCAGUCACUGAGAAGAUUGAUAAGAAUAUGCCUCGUUGUGGUGAUUGUGUCAUCUGUAUUGUUUGGUAUAGCCUUAUCAGUUUCAAUAGUAAUCUUCAAACAAGAGGAUGCAGCAAACAUCAAACGAAUCGAAGAAAGAUUUAACACUCUUGAAGAUUCCGUUAACAAAACAUUAGUUGAUCAUGUUGGAAGAGAUAAUUAUAUUCUUUACUCAAAAGAAGAUCAUGCUGAACUUAUUGCUUUGCUCCACAAAUUCAAAAAUGAGAGCGAAAAAGAUGACGUAAUGAGAGAUUGUGUUGACUGGCAACAGAGUGGUAUGACAACAAAUGGUAUUUACAGUAUAACACCAAUAGGAUUCACACCAUUUGAUGUGUACUGUGAUAUGACAACUGAUGGUGGAGGAUGGCUGGUUUUUCAACGAAGAAUAGACGGCACGAUAGAUUUUUUUAAAGAUUGGGUGUCGUAUGAAAACGGGUUUGGUGACAUCAAUAGUGAAUUUUGGUUAGGCAAUAAAAAGCUACAUGUACUCACACAAGAAGCGACAGAACUUCGAGUUGAUGUAAUGACCUGGGACAACGAGAAAAGAUACGCUAAAUACUCGACAUUUUGGCUCGGUGAUGCUUCGUCAAAGUAUACACUGUAUGUAGAGGAUUACAGUGGAGACGCUGGUGAUGGUCUAUCUUUACACCACGAGGUGCAGUUCAGUACGCGCGACCAAGAUAAUGAUGUACAGCGUAAAGAUUGCGCCGGGUCAAAUAAAGGUGCAUGGUGGUACGAGAAUUGUAGCCAUUCCUCUCUCAAUGGCCAAUAUAUCAAAGGAACCGAUGGUGUCGCGGGAAAGAACAUGGGUAUCAAUUGGGAAAAGUUUAGGAGUGACUACUACUCCAUGAAAACUGCAUCAAUGAAGCUUCGCCGGAAAGUGUGAUCUGUGCAUUCAUGUUGGUUUUUAUAGUAAAGACAAACUUCGUGGAUGCCUUAAAUGAAAAAAGUGUUAAAGAAAACUUAAUAAUGAAUAUUAUUUAUACUGAAUUUUAUUUCUUUAAUAUUUAAUACUUUUGUAACACAUGCAUUAAGGUAGCACAAUACAAAGAUUUUUCAUCCCCAAUCAGGCAUCUUUAAACUGAUGUAAUUCUAAUCAUCUUUCUUUAAAUUUUAUAAAUGAGGUACCAAAAGAAAGAAGAAAGAUUAAUCUUUCAAAUUGUGAUAAUUUCAUUAUCACAAAAUUAUUUCAUAAUUAAUUGUUAUGUAAUUAGUUGCCAUAUUGUGAUGUCCAUACUUAAAUGAAUUUAGAUUCUUUGUUAUUCAUAGCAUCCCAACAUAUUUUAUAGAUUCUUGCACAACACAGUUUGACCUCCAAAACCGUGUCUCAAAUUUUUCCUAUUGUAUUUGAUUCGCUCAUAAAUCUUCAAUGAAGUUUGCAACAUCAAUUAAUAAAUAAAUUUGGUGUUUUUACUGUCUUCUGAUUGGUUAAAAUUAUUAGUUUUAUUUUCAAUGUUGUCAAUUUUGAUGGCGACACGCCCACUCUGACGUUGAGUAUUCAUACGCCAACAUGUGUGUACGCUUGUUAUUGUUAAUAUGAAAAAUAUAAAAAGUUCUUUGAGCCUUAUUUUUGAUAGAAAUUUAUUUAUAAUGAAUGACAAUGAUUUAUUUUGAUUUUAUUGAACCAUAAAACUAUUUUUUGACUCUUCACAUUUUACAUAAUCCGCUUCGCGGAUUAUUCAAUGUGAAGAGUCAAAAAUUAGUUUUAUGGUUCAAUAAAAUCAAAAUAAAUAAUAGCCAUUCAUUAAAUAAGAGACCACUAAAUUUAAUUGGGUACAAAAUUUGUUCUAUUGAUGUUUUUGGAAAUCUGAGACACAGUUUUGGAGGUUAAGCUGUGUUGUACAAGAAUCUAUAAAAUAUUUUGGGAUGCUAUGAAGAACAAAGACGCUAAAUAAGUCAGGAAUAUGUCAGUUGUUAUCAAUUUGUUUGAUGUGUUUGAGCUUUUGAUUUUGCAAUUUAGGGACUUUCCCAUUUUGAAUUUUCCUCAGCGUUUUGAACUAUUUACAAUAAAUUAUGAUAUCGAA